AUGGUCAUCAUCACAACUCUUCAUGCCUUACUCACGUUCCCUUUGGCUAUUUCACAAUUCAUUCCACCACCAACGCGUCCGGUAAACUUGUGGGACCCAUUCGAAACAACGACAACUCCUCUACCUCCAGGAACCAAUCAGGUGCGUAAUUUUGCCUUAUUUUGACAGAAAUUUCUACGAUUUUAGGUAAUUUUCCUGACAUCAGAUUGUUUCUUUUUUUAGAUCCUAAAAUUUGCUAUAUAUUUUUCAAUUAAUUACCUUCAGUUCUGGUUAGCAUAGAAAUAGUCAUGCAUAAAACAGCUUGGAUACGUGCUGUUCUUGCCUCAAGUAUUUGUAUAGGCCCGUAUUGAAUGUUCUCCUGACCUGUUUGUUUUGCAGGGGUUAAACCCAGAUGAAGUCGUUGUACGUCUUCCUCUCGGAGACAUUGUUGGCAAAGAAGUGAAGCUCCACAACCUGCCCUGGACAGCCCAAAAAGAUCCGACGGAUGAGCUUACGAAGGAUAGUACGGUCUUCGGACAGAAUAACCGACUCAAACCCAACAACAGCGUCACUGUCUUUACAUUUCUAGGAGUGCCGUACGCAGAACCACCGACUUCACAGAGAAGAUUCAAGGUGGGAGCGUCGGAAAAAAUGAUCGGCAUAAAAUGAUGACAAUUUUCAGCCGCCUCAACAAAUCACAGUCUUCCCGGGAAAGCAGCCGUUCUUGGCCUUCAACUAUGCAGCAUCGUGUGCUCAAGACGUUGAGAAGGCCCCCAGUCCGUUUAUUGAUCGGCCGUACCCAUUCAUGGUCGACGAAGAUUGCCUGUACCUCAACAUUUUCUCUCCCGACGUACGAGCUCUUAUCCACUCACAAAAUCACAGUUUAUUCCUUUCCAGAUAUCGAAGAACUCUCCCACAACGUAUCCCGUCAUCGUGUUCUUCCACGGAGGAAAUUUCCAGACGGGAUCCGCUAACGAAUGGCCGGCGCACGGAUUGGCGUCCCGGGGGAUGGUUGUGGUCACUGUCAACUACCGCUUAGGAGCCUUUGGAUUCAUGAGUCUCGGAGAUUCGGAUAGUGGAAACUACGGACUUCAAGAUCAGCGACUCGCGCUAGAAUUUGUCAGGGAUCACAUCGCAACGUUCGGUGGAGACCCGCAGGCAAUCACAGUCAUCGGACACGACGCGGGAGCUGCUUCGAUUGGUUACCACAUGCAGUCCCCAUACUCCAGACAUCUCUUCCGCUCCGCUGCGACGAUGUCAGGAGCUGAAGUGUCGUAUCACUCGUACAUAGGAAAGCCGGCGCUGGCCUACAACAACACCAUCAAGCUGGGCCGGUACUUGGGGUGUACUCAGACGACCCCAGAGCACGUGUGGGAUUGCAUUCAGACUCGAUCGACCAAUGACAUCGUCUACGCAACAAUCACCGUUCCUGUGGAGUACAAUCGGUACCUGUUCAUGCCAACUGUCGAUGGAAAGUACCUCCCUGGCAACCCCCUCUGGACACUGCUCAACGCACCAAGCGGAGAAACUUCCAUUAUGAGUCCUGUGCCGCUUCUGAUCGGAAUGAAUGCUCAGGACGGAAGUGAGGUCGUGCUCGAAGAUCGGAGGCUUGGAGAGUACAGUCAGUUCCACGAUGUGGACAACGAGUACUUGAAGAGCUACGCCCUGGAGUACUGCUUCCGACACAACUACUCGAUGAAUCGCGAGGCCACAGCUGAAGCCAUCUUGUCAAAGUACACGUUCUGGCCGGAUCGAGCAGCUGUCUGGGCUAUCAAGGAGAACUUUAUCCAAUUUGCAACUGACGUGUACUACACAUCGCCGAUGCAGCUCUCCGCUCAUCUGCACAGCGCCUCCGGGUCCAGAGUGUUCCAGUACGUGAACAACUACAACUUCAGCAAGCAGCAUCCAGAUCUGGAGUUCAUCCCAGACUGGAUGGGAGUAUGCCGCGACUGUGACCUGUAUCUGAUGUUUGGAUACGCUUUCCUGCCUGACGAGCUGAGACCACUGGGACUACGUGGUGUCAAUUUCACCGAGAUGGAUAGGAACGCCAGCAGAACCUUCUCCAACAUCAUCCGUCGGUUCACUCACGUUCAGUAAGUACAGAUUUUUCUCGUGAUGGAUGUCCAAUUCAAUUCUUGAUUUUAGAAAUCCAAACUUCAUGCACGAUGGAAGCUGGGCAGCAUACGAACCGAGGCGGCAUUGGUACAUGAACUUCAACUACUCUACCAACGAGGACUGGAAGAUUCCUGGAACUAUAUCGCGGGACUAUCGGUAUCAGGAUGUGGCUUUCUGGAACGAGUACAUUCCUGCCCUCGUCAACUACAUGACAACUACCUUCUCACCGGAGAACGUCGCGUACCGCAGAGAGAUCACCGUGUUCAAGUGGAUCACAGGCGUUAACGUCAUUAUCAUCGCUCUGCUCAUUGUGAUUGCCGGAGCAUUCGGCUACAUGGUCUGGGGCAAUCAUGAAGAAGAGGACGCGAUCAAAGUGGAGACCCAUCAACUGGUGGAUUUCCGUGAAGGAGGAAACUCCAUUUCUGAAACGCUCUCGUCCCGAACUAGAUCGCCACGGUCUAGAAUUACCAACUUGUAA